CAGUUCUAUAUCUCUGGUUCUAUAUUGUUUGUGGGCAUUAGGAAGCGAAUGUGUCGCUGCCAUUUUCUAUUGAAAUAAAAUUUGAGAAACAGCGUAUUUACAAAAAAGGUGUGUGCGCACCUACAAACUGCUGCAGGUUAUGCGAGGGGACUCGGUAAAGUAUGUCCUCGUAUCGCGGAUCGGGUGCUGCCUGGGACGGCGGUCCACCAGGCGUCGAGGCGGAGUACGUGGGCCAGCGCGGCUCGCAGCCGCCGCAGCCCACGCCCACUACCGACCCCUGGACCGGCGCCAGCUACGCGCACUACCCGCCCGGCUAUGACUACAGCGCCUAUGGUUAUGGGUACUCCUACGACUCCUCUUACUACCAGCAGCAGCGUCCUGACACCUACUACGGCAAGUACCAGGACUCGUCGCGACCCUACACCGCACAUCAAGGUUAUGAAUAUUCGCACCAGGCCAGCGAGCGAAUGCGUUCGCCGGCGCGUUCGCGCAGUUAUGACCGUCGCCAGUCUUACCGUUCUAAGUCCAGGAGUGUGUCCUACGACAGGAGCAACCGAGCCUACUCACGACGGAGGGACAGUAGCUACGAGGAUGACAGCCGCCAUCGCCGGUCCAGAAGCAGAUCGUCCAAACGGAAGAAAUAUUCAUCCAGUGAUCGCUCUAGUUCGCGAUCCCGAUCGUAUUCUCGUUCUCCUAAAAGGGACAAGAGACGUAGGAAGUCUGCGUCGUCAGAAUCUUCAGAUUCACGGAGACAUUACAGAAAAAAAUUCAGUGACAGUCGAGAGCGAGACAGGUCGCUGACCCCACCCAUAAAAAGCUCGCGAUCACGUAAUAGAUCUCGAUCUAAUCGAACACCGAGUUUGGGUCCCCCUGACAAAUCCCCCAAGGAUGAUGGUAGAAGUGGUAAAGCUCGGUCCAGCAAAGACGCCGCAAGAGAUAAAAAUCAGAGAGACCCAUCACCAAGAAAGAGAAAAAUUCAAGCAACUCCUCCUAGAAGCCAUAAAAACCUUGACAAAUCCGGAACUCCUCCUAAGAUUUAUAAGAAAUCGGAGCGAGCCGGAUCGCCUAAAAAUUAUAAACACAAGGAUCGCAAGUCUGACACGCCGCCUAGAAAUAUGCGGGACAGUUCUGUGACGCCGCCCAAGUGUUACGCUAGAAGUGUUUCCACGUCCAGCUCCAAGUCGGGUUCGUAUUCACCCCGUCGGUCGCGUCGUCACCGCUCUCGGUCACAUUCCUCCAGCGGAUCUCGCUCAUCCGCUUCAUCCAGACGAUCCAGGUCGCAGAGUAAACGCAAAAGUAGAAAGUCUACUUCGAGGCAUAGAUCUCGGUCUAACAGUCGCUCACCACGUCGCUCCAGCAGAUCGAGGUCGCGGCGUCGCUCAAAAUCCAGAGGAAAAGCGAAACGUUCCAUUAGCCCUAAAGGCUCCAAAUCGCGAUCUCAAUCUCGUAGCAGUAGAUCUCGCAGCCGUAGUGGCUCCAGCGAGGACGAUCGCCGCGGACAGUUCACUGUUGCUGAUCGUAAAAGGUUCUGGAAAAUGCACAGAAGCAGGCAGGAGGAGAAGGGUCGAGAGGCCAAGAGUCCUCCGAAAGAGGUGAAGCCGCCCCCGCGUGCGGAAGAGACCACGAGAGCCGAUGAUGUAGAAUAUGGUGACCCUCCUGAAGUAGAAGGACCAAACUUCGCAGAGCUUCUGUCGCGACCAGAUGACGCGCAACAAACAGCCUCUACCUCGAAAAAACCCAUUCCCAUACCCAUUAAAAAUGAUGGUAGCUUUUUAGAGAUGUUUAAGAAAAUGCAAGAGGAGACCAAGAAGGCAGAAACAGACAAAAAACCAGAUAUUAAAAAGCCCGCACUGCCAUUUAUCGGGAAACGGCGAGGAGGGCGUGUUCUCAAAACUGGCCUAGUGAAGAAGGCUAAGGCCAUUGACGAGCAGUCAGUUGAUAACACCCCCAAAGAUGCAUGGUCACUUUAUAUGCAGGAGGUGAAGAAGUACAGAGAAACAUCAUGUGAGGAGGAGCGGAAAACUAGACCACUCGUUAAAUAGUAUUAGAUGAUAGAUUAAGUUUUUUAUUAUGUCCCCUGCAAUAUGUAAUUAAUUGAUAAGAUUUUUUUUAUUUGCUUAUUGUAAUUGUGUGAGUAGGCGAUAAUACACAUCUCAUUUUGUCUGUGAAACAGGAUUUCCCAAUAAAGAAUUAAGACAAUGAA